GAAAGUACAACUCCACCAUUCAAUCAACACUUCAGACUUACUAUUUAUCAUCAACCGAUAUACCGAAAUCUUUGAUAUCGACAGCACACUAUCAUCAGACGAAAUAAGAAAUCUCAAAAGCGUAGCCUUGGACCGUAUCUAUCAAGUGGUUCAUUCAAUCGUUACUCGCCUCACUUUCCUAAAACGUCUUUCGAAAUCAAUACAACUACUUCAACCAAAUACCAAUUAUCAUUCGGUCUAUCGGCAUCAAAAGCUUCUGAAUUACGUCAAGACUUUACUAUCACCCAUAACCAACAACCUCUUCUCACCAAAAAUUAUUUUAUAUCAUACCUUGUCAAAAUGUCUAUCGCUUCUCCAAAUAUCAUCCCAAUGGAGCAGCAUCUAACUGUCAUCCACCAAGUAGUUCAAUCUGCAAACCCACCAUCAUACGAAGAAGAAAUUCAUUUGCCAAGUUAUGAAGAAGCUAUACUCGACCGUCCUCCUGCAUUCCCAGUUGAUGUGCUCAAAUACGAGCAAGGCAUCAAGGAUAUGUGUUCAAUGGCGGACCUUGAGGUUGAGCGGGCCCUCAGGAUGCCAGCAAGCGUCUUGGAUUUAGAUAUAAAUGUAGAGCAGAAUUUGAUUUACGCAUGUGCUACUUUGCCAGUAACGCCAGAAAACUUUGCACCCUACCUCGGCAAGCAUAUGGUUUAUUUAUAUUUGAGACUUUUGGAAUGGAUGAGGACAAUGCGAGGGACCGAAGAUAUUGAGUGGGGUGUUGAGAGGAUGGCUAUGCAUAGAGCGACCAGGAUACAGGUGAAGAGAAUUGGUCGCAAGUAAACGGAAUCAUAUGUAGACAGUCAGCUCAAGGAUUCCUAUACUAUUGGGAGGAACUUGUAAGGGAGGGGGGUGGAUGAUAUGGGAGACGAUGGCAUGGGCAGGGGAGGGGGAUAGAUGAUGGGAUGAUUUGUCGAUAUAUGUUGGACCGAUCCAUCAUCUAUCACAAACCAUACAAGGUGUAAAGAACAGCUAGAUACAUUGUUUUGUGUUGCAUACAGACACUUGAUGUUAUAUACAGUUCAAUAUAAUGCAACUCUAGAUCA